CGAAAAUCUGAUUUACCAAACACGCUAAUCAUACACACACAAAAAAAUAAUGAUCAUAUUUGCUCUGUUUCAUUAUCAUCACUUUACUUCUCAAAGUACAAGUACAAGUAAAGUCAGCUGAUCUCUUCUAUAACUGGAUUAGUACAGUACAAAUUAGGGCACGAUUCUACACCACCAAAUUCCUCCUUCCGCAGCACACUCCCGAGUUCUUCUCUCUAAAGUACUCCUCACCCCGAUCCAUAUGCAAACUAGUUGACGAUUCCCAGUUGACUUUUGACUCCAGCCAGUUCAUUUCUGGAGUCGGGAACAAACACCUCUCCUCGUCUAGCUAUGGAAGUUUUCGAUUUCAAGGUUGACGAAGAGCCUUCGGAAUCGAUCGCUGCAAAAGUUCUUGACAAGCUCAAAAACCCUAGUUCCGAUGAAUCCGUGAUUGUGAAGUACAAUUUUCUCGAAUGUGUUGACCAGGGGACCAGCGUGCAAAGAACAACUGAGAGUGUUGAUGCAGAUCACUGUGAUUUUGCUUCUGGUAAUGCUAUUUUGGAUGCCAACUCGAAUAAAAUUGAAGAGAAUGCCCUUCCAACGACUGAUAAUGCUGAACAAAUGAAGUUUACGGGUCAUGAAGGUGAACUUGAUGAUGUGACUUCAGAUGCUGAGGAAAGCAUGGGUAUGAGUUCUCACUCAAAUACUGAAUCUGGAAUGGGAGAGGAUGAUGUCUCGUUGAACAGCUAUGCACUCGAUCAUUGCUCUAGUGAUUUGGAAUUGGAUGACACGAUAACGGUUGUUCUCUAUCCUGAUUAUGUUAUAUAUCGGGAUAGUUAUUGUUCUGGGUCCCAGUUGACUUUUUCCAACAAUAGUAUCAAAAUGAGUUACUCAACUGCAUCUAAAUACGAAGAAGAUUUUGACAUUGAAUGGAAUAUUGAUGAUCUCAUCAAUAUCAGAUGUCAGUGGUUUCAAACUACUGAAACUGUCAUCAUUAAACUCCAGUUUAUAUCAAGGGAUACAUUUGAAGAUGAUAUUGCCCAUGGUACAUCAGGUGUUGAUGAACUGAAGAUUGCAGUUGUUGAACGUAACUGGCCCCAGAAACAGGAUGAGAUAGCAUCUUUAAAUCAGAAAUACUUGGCUGUAUUGGAUCAUAAUCCACAUAAUGAUAUGGCCCUUGGAAUAGAUGGGGAUGAUUUGCCUAGACCGAGGCGUUAUUUUCCUGUUUUUAACGAGUCAUUUGAAGAUGUUGUCUAUCCAAAAGGGGACUCAGAUGCUGUUUCCAUUUGUAAGAGAGAUGUCGAUUUAUUACAGCCGGAUACAUACGUUAAUGAUACGAUCAUUGACUUCUACAUCCAGUACUUAAAGAGUCAGAUUCAACAUGGGGAAAGACAUAGAUUCCACUUCUUCAACAGUUUUUUCUUCCGAAAGUUAGCUGACCUGGACAAAGAUCCUUCAAGUGCUUCUGAUGGCAAGGCUGCUUUUCAACGAGUUCGCAAAUGGACAAGGAGAGUUCAUUUAUUUGAAAAGGAUUUUGUUUUUAUCCCUGUAAACUUCAGUCUACAUUGGAGUCUCAUAGUCAUAUGUCAUCCUGGUGAAGUGGCUAAAUCUAAGGAUGAAAACUUAGACAAGUCAUUGAAAGUACCUUGUAUACUGCAUAUGGAUUCAAUUAAAGGAAAUCAUGCUGGCCUCAAAAAUCUUAUUCAAAGCUAUUUGUGGGAAGAGUGGAAAGAGAGGCAAAAGGAAACGUCCGAUGAAGUUUCAUCAAGGUUCCUCAAUCUGCGGUUUGUCUCACUAGAGUUGCCGCAACAGGAAAAUUCAUUCGAUUGUGGCCUGUUUUUGCUCCACUAUUUAGAGCUUUUUUUAGCAGAAGUUCCAGAUAAUUUCAGUCCAUUUAAAAUAACAAAGGCCUCCAACUUUCUUAAUGUCAACUGGUUUCCACCCUCUGAGGCUUCCCUAAAGCGUACUCUAAUCCAGAAAUUGAUUUUUGAACUCCUUGAAAACCGUUCUCGAGAUGUUUCUUCAUCAACAAGCAGUGAUGAGGUUCAACCCUCGAAAUUUCAUGAAAUCAAUGAAAAUGAAGGUGUGGAAUUUAUCUCAGCUAGAUGCAGUCCUGGUCUAGGUCGUCAAGAGAGUUUAACAAGCUCUCAAGCUGGCCAAGGAAUUGAGAUCACUCUUUUAUCAGCAUCUUCCAUGAGGAACCCAGAGUGUGUUAAUGAGUCUAGUUUGGUUCUCAGAGAUCUUUUUGAACCUGGAACCUCUGCCGGAUCAUUACUGGGACAUUGCCAAUCUUUUAAUGAGAAGUCUUCUUUUUAUAAUCUCAAUGGAACUAUACCAUCUAUGCAGGAUGACGCUGAAACUGGUGAGCAAUUUAUGUACUUGCAUUCUAGAGAUUCCACCGGACUUGAACAUAUGACCGGAGUUGCUUCUCAAACAUGUGCAGUUCCUUAUUCAUCGAAAGAUACUAGUGUACAUAACUAUGACAUAGGAAUCUCUUUACAAGCAAAAUGCCAGGAAAUCAACUCAGCCAAUGAACCAUCAGUACGCGCCUCAAAUGAUUCAUCAGAUGAAGGAAUAAAAAAAAUUUGUGAUGUUGCUGAAUGUUUGAGUCCAAAGCCAGAGGAAGAAUGUCAUGAGCCAAAAUUGGUACCAGUCGAAAACAUGGAAUGCACACCGGAAGGCCUUGUUUCUGCUCCCUGUGAGUUGCUAGCCGCAUCUGCAGCCGUUGAAGGUUCUUGCUACCAUGAUGCCAUGCAGAACGACAAUGAAAACGGAAUUCCUGUUCCUUCAUUCCCUGAUUACUCGGGUAUGCCAGUGUCUCAAGACUCCAGUGUGGCAACCAAUGGUAUUGGACUGUGUGACAAUGUGCAGUUGAUUGAGGAUGGCGUGGUGAUUCCAGACUCGCCUGGAGAGAAACCUGCAAAGAAGCCGCGACUUUCACCUUCUGUAGAAAGUGGUGAAGGUGAAAUAGUGUCAGAUGGUUCAAAAUUGUAGGAAAGUACAUAGGCAGGACACCAUUUUUCCCCUUUCAAAUUUAAGAACAGAAUCGAUACAUAUUUGUAAAUGAGUAGGGUAUGUAUCGAUUUGAGAUUCUGUUAAUGGUUUGUUGGGGAUAUAUUACAUAUUAUGGUUUCUAUGUGGACUGUUAGCUUAAUAGAUUCUUAAUUUUGUUUUUUUAAA